AUGAAAUACUAAAGUCAACUAAAGAAAGUGGGAACCAUUGCUGCCCUCGGAGCAGUAGCAGCCUUCGCUGUUAUCAACUUAUCAGAAAAUAUCUACGAUAGUAAUUAGAAUCAUGUGUUUUUGCAAGAGCAUAAUGAUGACCAAGAUGUCAAGAAAGAAUUUAGCAAAUUCCUUAACAAUUUCAACAAAAAUUAUAUUACCAAAGAAGAAUAUAGAGCAAGAUACGAAAUAUACGCAGCAAACUACGCUUUAGUAAAUAGUCAUAAUAAUAGGAACGAUUCAACAUUUGAACUUGAAUUAAACUUGUUUGCUGAUCUGAGUCCAGAGGAAUUCAAGUCAAUGUAAAAGUUGACUGUAUCUAAAGAUAUUAUUCAUUCAAAUACCUAAAAUGAAAAUAGUGAUAAUGGAUAAGGAAAUGAAGAUGGUAGUAGGGACCAUAUUCCAGAACCAUAGCAAGGAGCAAAUGAUGUAAUAAUAGAAAAUGAGAUUAGAUAAGAUGAAGAGAUAGAUCAAGUAGAAAAUGAGGAGCAAAGUAACACUCAAGAUGAUGGAAACAGAAGAAGACUUGCAGUCUUACCAUCAGCUGUUGAUUGGAGAACUUCAGGUUUUGUAAGCUCAAUAAAAAAUCAAGGAUUAUGCGGUUCAUGCUAUACAUUUUCAUCAUUAGCAGCAUUGGAAAGUAUUUAUAAAAUAAAGAAGGGUGGAAAUUUAUUAGACUUAUCCGAGCAAUAAUUGAUUGAUUGCACAACAGUUUAUGGUAAUUUUGGAUGCAAUGGGGGUAAUAUGAAUUCUAAUUUUCAGUAUCUUAGAUAUUACAAAAUCUAAAAUGAGACAACAUACCCAUAUGCAACUCGUAAAAAUGCCUGCGUGUAUCAGCCUAAAUUCGGACUAUUCAAUGUUAAGACCUUCGUCAAUGUUGCUUUUAAUGACCCUGCAGCUCAUUUAGCAGCAGUAGCUUUAUAACCAUUGUCAAUUGGAUUAGCAGCUUCAAAUAGCGUAUUCUAACUGUAUAAAUCUGGAAUAAUUGACUCCCCUACUUGUGGUACAUCAGUUGAUCAUGCUGUUUUACUGAUAGGUUAUGGAAAAGAUUUGACUGGCGUAUCUUAUUGGAUUAUUAAAAACUCUUGGGGAGUCUACUGGGGUGAAAGAGGCUAUGCAAGAAUUAGAAGAGAUACAACAAAAGGACCAGGAAUGUGUGGAUUACUCUAGAUGAGUUCAUAUCCAGUAUUGUAUUGA